CGUCACAUUGACACUCAGGUGUUAUCGACAUGUAGCGGCGGCCAUUUUGUUGUCCUCUGACCGGGAGGAAGUGAACAAGCGAAGGAAGAAGCCGUUGUUCAGAAAGUUACCGCCAUCUUCAGGGCGGAGGAGGUGUUCAGUCAGUGGGAUGCCUGGUGUCAGCCUGAUGGUGACUGAUGAUCCUCCUGAGGCAAUGUACUACCACACUACAGCUACUACUUGCCAGCUGGCCAGCACCACGGAAUGAUGGGAAAUGGUGCAGUGCCAUUGUGUGUUGUCCCCGUGACAUUGAAAUCAAGCUCGGAGCUGCAUACCUUGAAGAGCAUGUCGGUGAACUGCAGCUCAGAUCUAUACCCUCCACUGUUUUACAUUCAGAUCAAACGUCUGGCAGCAGUUCAUCCAUUCCUGUCAAAGUGACGUAUCUGUGGCAACAAGCACACAGUCGUCCCAUAUGGCGUCCUAUCUGCUUUCACCCUAAUGCCUGAACCCGGCGUGCAGGUCACAUGUCCUGUAAAAAGUCCUGUCCAUCCCCGGAAACCUUCUUCACCCUGCAGCCCAGAUUCCUGUCAUUCUCCACUGAAGUUGCAACAAAGGAAUCCAGCCAGGGGUUCGUGAAGAGGCAGCAGAGAACCAGAUGCCUCCCUUCCAUUGUAGAGUGGAGGACUCUCCUCAGUCGCCAGCGGAUGAAGAUGUGAGUGAGUCGCUUGGACGAUUUUCCAUAAACCAACCGGGAGCUCGAAGUCGUCCUGGGGGCGGUCAGGACCAGACUGACCAGCCCAGACUGGCAACAGAGGACUGGGAGCUUCAACAGCCUGGUGGACACCUGGCGCUUGACUUUCAGGACAGUAACUUGUCUCCAGCUCUUUCCCUGUUCCGUGUAAACUCUGGAGUGGAACACAACUUCACAGAAUAUUCAUUGUUCCACCAAAGUGACAAUGAAUUUGUCCCUUUAAGGGCAUACCCGGACAUUUCCAUGGCAUCAGACAGGUUUCACUUUCAGCCCCAGGAUCGCACCACUCGGGCCUCUGAGUGCGGCUCACUGUCCCAGCACCCUUUGGCCCACGAAUCCAUUCUCUCUGAAGAUGGAGCAAUCAGCUGCUUCUCUCCGCCCCAGCAGAGUUUACCACCAGGGGAUGAAGGCAAACAAGAGGAAAUGGUUCACUCCCGACUGACUGCCAACACCGACAAACAGGGAGUAAAAUCCAGGGAUGAUGGUGGUGGUAGCAGCAGCAGAGAGAAGGACCCAGAGACUCUAACAGACCCUCUUCACAAGCUAGUAGGAGAGGAAGACGAAGCCUUCUUUCUGAGUAAGGAUAUUCCCGCUCAGUAUCUUCUGCAACUCCUUAAAAAAGACGUUGGCAUGCCCAGCAGCAGCAGUAGCGCGGUGUCCUCUGCGUCUCAGCCGUCUGUGAGGAGCAAUGCGUCUUUAGUCCAAGAGUCUAAAAGCACAGGUGUUCACCGCAGCACGGCCAGAAGAGAAGCUCCACCCGGCGAAGCUUCGCUACCCCAACAACAGACACAACAACAACCCGACCGGUCACAAACACAUCUGUCAUCUGAGGUCUGUAACAUCACCACUGGUUCCCGCAGCACGCGACCCGACGACAGCAGUGAAGAGUUACACAGGGAGCUGCUGUCCGAGGCAGAGAGGCACAGCAGCCGAGAAGCCCAACCUAUUAACCAGCAGCAGAAAUGUCCUUCACCUCCUGGUCAGCGUUUCACUCCGUAUCCGGCGGAGACGUCACAGAGCACACAAAACGUGAUCCGUACAAAUCUGGGUGACUUAUCGCAAAUGGGGCCGUUGUCAGCUGGUGUGGAAAGGGUUCGCAGGGAGCAAGACCUCUGGUCCUCAGGGAACCAAACGGGGAUCGAUGGGUCCUACCUGGGCUUCCUUCCACAGUCUCAGUCCACUCCAGGGGUUUUUAAGGCCCCGCCUAGAUCCAGUGUCAAGGCUACUUUAGGGAAACUUUCUGCUAUAGAAUCCGAUAAAGAGAACUCGUAUCAGUCGAGGGCUGGGAUCUCUGCACUGCCUCCUGCUCCUGAGCCUGAUGUUCACCGUCCAGACAUAAACCAGCGUCAAGAGGAACAUACUUCUUCUGCAAAAGUCCAGUCUCUCCCAAGUCUCACCUACAUGGAGAAAGUUGAUGCUUGGAGGGCGAACCAGAGUUCUGGCAAAACACCACUGUUCGACAGCUUGGCGUUGCAGGGGUUUUCUGGUAUCUCUCCUAAACAGAAAGCGUAUGAUGCUGUGUCAGAGACCCUAAACCGCAUCCUCACUGAGCAGGUGAGGAGUUUACAGCAGCCUCCCGUUUUAAGUGCCGUCAGCCACGACGUCUCGCAGAGCUCCUCAGCAGCUCCCUCUGGCUCCUCUUCUCCAAGGAGAGGGGAGGCGGCGGGCAGUUCGCCCAGUGACAAGGAUAACACCAGGUCUGCAGCGAUACCCUUGACCUCCCCCUUCUGCAGGUCGCAGUCCCACUCCUCUCUCAGCACGGUGGUCAUGUCAGUUCAGAAGGAAAAAGUGAAGAGUCAUACUCAGGACGACGACCACCAUCGUCUGAGCGCCUCGGCUCAACCCUCGCCUCUCGCGGACCUCGGUCAGUUCAGCGACGUGUCGGUCGAGAGGGAUUUGACACUGUCGAGUUCUCAGGAGAGUUACAACAGUGGGAUCAAAGUAGGAACUUCCAUUGGAGCUUCCUCUGUCACCAGCCUCGAGGUGGAUAACUAUGCCCCGUACUGGACUUCAAAACUGCCUUCAACACCGCCUCCGCCCGGACCUCGAGAGCUCAACAUCGAAGAGCGAAUUCCGUUGUAUCUCCAUAAUCUGGGUAUCAACCAGUCUCCCUCAACAAUCCUAACUCCAUUUGCACCCAGAGGACCAAUCAGGGAACCAGAAUUCUCACCCACCGAUCUCUCUACAAUUAAAGGAUCUAUUGGAACCCCGACCAAGAGCGAACAACCUUCUGAAGGUGGCAGUCCCCAUAAAGGAGAGUUUUCCAGGUCAAGUGUUCUGUCGGUGGACUCAAGUGUAUCCAUACCAUUUAGCCUGGACAGUCUUGGUCCAGUUGCGUCCGUCCCAGAGCGAAGCAGGCGGGCGUCUCCUCCGACUGAUGCAGAAGUUAUCCACAGUAAGGCCUCCCGGCCUUAUGAAGACUCUCAAUCUUCCACGGUGCAACCCAGCCUGCAGCAGCAGGAGGACAGCAGUUUAAGCAGUGGUCAGAGUGCUGUCCAGCUGGGAGAGAGGUUUGACUUGGAGUCACCUUUGCAAACAAACCGUAGUUUGGCGAAAAGUGGUGAGGAUUUUCUCGUCAGCUCCAAGGCCUUGUGGGAGAUCCGUUCCCUACUUUCGCAGGCGGAGACAGUGGCGUCUGGCGGCUCUUCUGCCACUUCCCUUGCGGCGCCUCGUCUGCUGUCUGACAACGACUUAUUCCACUCGUCGAGGAAGAAAACCAGCAAACUCCACGACUCAACGUUCUCAUCGUCUGCGACCGAAGACCCAAGAACUCGCUCCUCGUUGCUGUCGACCAGGUCCUCGUCCGAUUCCAUGCUGACCUCAGAGAAACCAAGGCAAAUCUCUGUAGGUGGAGAGGGUAUGAGCUCAUUGUGGCAACCCGAUCAUCCAUCCACACAAUUUCAAACUACUGCACCCGCUGCAGGUUCAACCCUUGACGUCUCCAAAUCAGCCCGACGUGCGGAGCCUGAGGGCUGCAGCGCUGCGCCUCCCGACAACAUCGCCCCGAUACGGCCAGCGGUCGUCAAAUCUCCGCCACAACACAUCACAUCCACACUGACAGAGAUGCUGGGUUCACCUGAGGAGGAGGAGGAGGAGGAGGAGGAAGAAGAAAAGACGGCACUUGGAGAUUCGGCACAGAGUAUGAGCUCCUCGUCGCCAGCCCUGGAGGACACGGACCAGGGAGCGGUGAGCGACGGGAGCAGCCAGAGCUCACUGGCGGUCCGAGUGGCAAAGUUACUCCAAAGUGAAGAAUCGGCAACUGCCAUGGUGUCGAGCACACCGAGCACCACAGAUCAGGAGGAGGGCAGAGCCAGAGAGUGGAUCAAACUGAAGAUAUCGGGGCAGCAGUGUGAGACUCUGGAGCUGGACAAAGAAGACAGAAGACGGAUCGAAGAGAUCAAGAGAGAGCUGCUGUUGAAAUACCCCAUGAAGGGCCAGUUGAGCUCGGAUACAGAGAGCAGCACUGGAUCCAGCGUUGGCGUCCCAAGGGGCCAGGAUCCCCCUCAUCCCGCCCCCAGUGACGCCAACAACCAGUUGUCGCAGCCUCCGCGAGAACUCGGACCAGACGUCCCUGACUCCGGCGAGCAGCGUCAAAGCCCUCGGCGCCCAGAAACUCUAGAGGCUCAAGUACGGAAGAUUGCCGCGAGAGAAGGAGUGACUCUCCCCAGAACGAACCCCCAGGCCCUCACAUCCAUCUCCAUCGCCACCCGCAGGCGCACCACCUCCCCAUCUCCCUCCUCGUCACCUGCGCCUCCCGUCAGCCCGGCCCCAGAGCCGCUCCACCUGACCGAGCUCUGCACGGUGGCAGUGGAACACCAGAAAGCCAACAUGCCUCCCGCUCAAAACCAAGAUGAGGCGAUGUUUGAACCGCACGGUGGUCUCUAUGCCGGAAAGCAAAGCCUGAAUUCUCCGCUGACGUCAGGAAAUCAGAGGAGGCGAGACGCUGUGGGAGGCCACUUCGAAGAACCUCCUCCGCCCUCACAGGGGUUAAAUAGAGAGGAUGAGAAGAUCAAAGAUGACGACACACAGUCUUUUCGGAGAGAUAAUGAGUUAUUCAUCCAGAACAUCUCGGCCUCUGGUGCUCACGGAGCUGAAACACCCACAGGUCCGUCCCGCUCUGAAUCCCCCGUCAGCACAGGUCACAUCUCACACGUCCACCUCACUCUGUCCCCCAAAGUCGCUGAUCACAGCCUGGCCACCGCCGCCGCCCGCUCCGGUCACGUGCCGCCGCGCAGAGAAUUCGUUCCCCUCAGAACUCACUGCAGCAGCCCGGACGAAGGCGUCGGUCUGUCCAGUCCACCAGAGUGGAACAUCGACACCAGAGAGCCGAGACGACAGCAGAGGGUUAAGAGAGCGGACGCCAGUGACCUGUUUAGAUCCGGUGUCCCUAAGGGAAGAGUCGCCUCCUUUACACCACAUCACAGAGCUGAAACUUCCAAAGGAACUUUAACCGGUGAACCACCAGCUCCUGUCCUGCUGCCGUAUAAACCCCACGGCAGUGAGGAGCUCUUCUACGUCCCUCAGCUGGAAGCUGACGUCUCCUCCACAGGUCCGUCAGACGACACCACCAUGGAGAGUUCACACACAGGCUCCGACGACGCGGUGCCCCCGCGCUUCGGCAGCGAGGUGCUCGGGCGCCAGGAUCCGGGGCUGGACCGCGGCGUCACCAUCAGACAUGUGGAGGGAAUCUACAGCAAGAGGCUGAAGACAGCAGCCACGUUCAAGAUGCAGGAGCCUGGACGCAGAGAUGUGAGUCGGACUCCGAAGCCAGAAGCCUCCAGGAGAGACCAGGGGACCAGCCCCAUGCAGUUUCAGCCGGUUCACAAGGGAAGAAACUGUAAUGAGUCGGGUCAUCACCUGGACCGAAGCUCCGCCCCCCGCCCGGGAGACGACGUCCAGCAGAGGAGCGAGCCUGACGUCCCUCAUCCCAUCAGUUUGGACCAGCUGUGGCAGCGGUUCUGUGACCGCUGGACCGUCGAGGAUUCACGUCCCACCAGAGACGGAGAGGCGUCGCUGCUGGAGAGGCUGGAGCGCCUGUCCCGCCUCAUUCACAGCACGAGGGGCGCCAUCGGGUUGGAGGGGAGGCGAGAAGAAACCAGGCGGGGGGUUGGAGAGGAAGCAGUCGGAGGAAGUAGAAAGACUCGGCAGCAAACAUCUGAGCCCACAGAGGAGAAAAGUCACAGCUCCUUCACCUCCAGCGUCUCCCACGCCUCCUCCCAGAGUCUGCAGCUCGGCCCCGCGGGCCGAGAUGAGUCCGCGACCUCCUCCGCCGCGUCCACCUCCGUGUCCACUGUGGACACAGCCCGGCUGGUCCGGGUGUUCGGCGCCCACAGAGUCCAGCACCUGAAGAGCAGCUCCAGCCUCGGUCGACUUCACGACACCAUCCACAGGCAGAAGGAAGGGAGGGAACAGAGGAGGGGGCGACAGGCGGAGACAGAAACCACCGGCACCGACGAAUCAUCCGUUGUUGCUGAUUCCACAUCGUCCACCAGCACUUACACCGUCCCGUCGCACCGUGGAGCCUCCACAUCUCCGACAGCCAAGAGGAACGUUAAACUGGUCAGCAAAGGAAUCCAGACAGCGGGCGACCUGGAGAUCGUCAGGAACGGGACUCGACGCCACACCAGAGAUGUGGGGACCACAUUCCCGUCGCCUCACGAAGCCAGAGCGCCGAGGCAGAUUUUAUCUUCGUCCUCCAGUGUAGAGAGAGGAAGAGGAGGAGGCGGUGAGAGGGGGCUCACUAAAGUUCAGUCCUCACACAAGCAGAGAAAGAGCAAGCGGAGCCCAGCGAAGCCUCAUGCUAAAGCUGUUUCUUGGUUCAUCUCCGCCGACGACCUGAGAUCCGAGGCGAGGAAGGAGAACGAGGGGGAGGAUGAGGAGGAGUUGACGUGGAGGCCGAGCACCGCCUGGUUCGAGGCGUACAGCAGAACGCGUCCGUGGAGAGAACCGCUACGACAGAGACAAGUCCACGAAGACGGGAGCAGACGGCAGAGCCUCGUACGUCACACGGAACCGGAUCCAGAUCCCAGAACCAAAACUACGUCCUCUGGUCUGACGCGCAUUUCUCUCCAGGAAGCUCUGGAGAUGCGGCUUCCACACUUCAUCUGCCGGUCCAGGCAGAGGGUGAAGUGUCUGGCUCUGCAGGCGGAGGAGAGGAGGCUCCAGGCCGUCGUCUUCACCAGGGGGAGAGACGAGCUGCUCGACCAAAGAGCGGGGAGGCUGCUGCACCCUGCAGGUGCUGGUCAGCUCAGGAGAGCUGUUCCCAGGAAGGAGAUGAUCCAGAGGUCCAAACAGAUCUAUGAGAAUCUUCCAGAGGUGAAGAGGAGGAGAGAGGAGGACAGAAGGAGAGCAGAGUACAGAUCGUACCGGCUCAACGCACAAAUCUACAACAAGAGGAUCACCAACCGAGUCCUGGGCAGACGACCAGCGUGGCAGUGAUCAAACACACCAGUGACACUUUUACUCUAAAUUAAAUCAUCGACUUAAAAUUUUUCAACUGAAAGUUUUUUUUUACCAAAUUUAAAUGAAAAUACACUUAUUUAUUUAUUAGGCACUAUUUUGAAGAUUAUGUGAAAGUAGAAUUCUACUUGUGAAACUUUUAGCAUCACUGACGUGUUUUAAUGUGAAAAUAAACCUGAUUUCUGACACAUUAACAUCUGA